AUGGGCCCUGAGGGCUGCCGCGCACUCGCCGCCGACCUGCAAGAUCGCAGCAGCACCCUGCGUGAAACCCUGCUGUCCCGCGGCCUGAUCAGCGGCCGCGGCGCCGCCGUGCUCGACGCCUACUCCGACGUGCAGCGGCGCGCCAACGCCUUCUUGGCCGACGGCUGCGACGCCGUGCCCGCUGCCGCCAGCGGCGCAGGCCCGGACGGGGGCAGGGGCGGUUGCGGCAAGGGAAGCGAUAAUGGCGACGCGGCCUACCGCUUUGUUGCUGCAUUUUUCGAGGACCUCAAUGCCAGCCUAAAAGAGGUGCACCAGAACAGCGCCUGCCGCCCCUUCUUCUUCAUGUGGCGCGACAUGCUGCAGCUGGCAGGGGAGGGCCACGACCCCGAGCAGCUGCUGGGCGUCAGCCACGCCCGCUACCAGUGCCUGGUGCAGCGCUUCAUGGUGCUGCAGCUCGAGGAGGCAGGCGCAGCGGCGCCCCAGGGCGGGGCGCUGGGGGAGGCGGCCUGGGCGGCCACGCUGUCGGCGGUGGAGGCGCGCUCCUGGAGGCCGUCGCUGCCUGGGGAGCCUGCAGGUCUGGGGUCCUUCCAGAGCUUUCCUUCCUCGCACUCUGUAAGCAAGUUCCUCGGCAUACCGGCGUCAGAUGGCCGCCUGAUGGACUUUUACUACAUAUACUGUGGCGACACCAAAACCCUUGGGCCGGGGGAGGACCCCUGGUGGCAGUAUGUUGCCGCUGAAGUGGACGUGCGGCAGUACAGCGGUGGCUGUCAUGAAGCCCUGGCUGAGCGGCUGCUUCGACCCACGCCCAACUCGUCACCCCUGCCAGCCGACAAGGCCAGCGCGCUGACCAGUGGUGGAUUGCGCGUGUUGCCGUGCAUAGGGCUGGCUAUGUCGACGCUGCCUUUCCUAAUAGGGCAUCCGAUCAUUAAGGCGCGUUGCCUCAUCGACACGGGUGUGUUUGAGGCAUACACAGUCUUCGCCGGCAGUCAAGGCGCCCAGGGCAUAGCAUUGCUCGUCCACGCCGCUGAGGCUGCGCUGCGUGUGGACCCGGCCGCUGGCGGCCUUAGCGAGUGGGAGCGGCUCGUACUGCAGUGCUUCUUGUCGUUCACCACCUGCUUGCUGUGUAUAGCCCUGGACGAGAGCCUUGAAGCGUUUGAUGCCGCUCACAGAGCGGUCACCGCCGCUGCCGCGCGUGGGCUGAAGUCCGAUGAGGCGCACGCUGCGGGCUUCAGUGCGUGCAUGGGAAUCCUGGACGUGGCAGCUGCCAUCCUUGCAGAGCAUCAUAUCUUGCUGCAGCACGGGCCGCUUUCCAGCAGUGUGCAAUCUGGGCACGUGUACACUUCCAUGUUGGAGCGGGGCAAGGGCGGCGAGCUGCGCAACAUCUUGGCCCUCCUCAGGCGCCCACCCAGCGCACCCGUCACCGGCGCCGACCCCGCCCGCCGCGCCGCCCUCGUGCCGCGCCUGCGGGUGGCCGCGUCUUUGGCUUGGAUUGCAAAGCUCAGCGACGAUGGCGACUCAGUCGGGCUCACACUCCUUGCCAUGACGCUUGGCGGCGGGGCUGCUGCUGCUGCCGCCUCAGCUGAGGCUAGUGUCCCCGAAGAGGGCAGGCGCCCCGUGCCGCCGUCUGCAGAGCGGCAGCUGCUGUCAGAGGCAGUGACGCGGCUGUGCGCACUGUCAGAUGGGCUUGAUGGUGCGCUUCACUGCAUGCGCGUGCUGCCAGGGCCGCUGCCGCCAGCGGUAGUGGCGGCGGUGCUGUGGCGCGCGUGGGAAGAUGGGGACCCACCCAGCGUGUGGAGUGCCUGCAGUUCAGUCAAUGCCUGGGGGGAUGCAAAGGCCUCUGCCCAGGCGGCGGCCACCCUAGACGAGCUGUUUUUGGGGUGGGUUAAGCAGCAGCGACAACAGCAGCAGGAGCAGGAGCAGGAGCAGGAGCAGGAGCGGGAGCAGGAGCAGGAGCGGGAGCGGGAGCGGGAGCAGGAGCGGGAGCGGGAGCGGGAGCGGGAGCGGGAGCGGGAGCGGGAGCGGGAGCGGGAGCGGGAGCGGGAGCGGGAGCGGGAGCGGGAGCGGGAGCGGGAGCGGGAGCGGGAGCGGCCGCUGCCGGGCGCGCCGGUGGCGCUUCCUCAUGCGGCGGCGGCGGCGCUGCUGCAGCUGGUGGGUGAGGACAACUCAACCAUUGCCGCCGAUGUGGUGGCUGCGUUCGAGUUUGUAACCAGCACCCCAGGCGGCGGCCUGCCUCUCAGUGCGAUAGGUGCUGGCAGCUUGAGGGCUGUGGUGGCGGCAUUCGCAGCGCAAGGCAAGCACAGGGCUGCAUGGCAGCUGGUGCAGCAGGCCGGCGGCAGCGGCACAGGAGGGGCUGCAGGCGAUGGUGAAGGCGCCAGCAUACUGGCCCAGCUUGUUGGGGUGUGGGAGGCGCUGCCCACACAGUGCUUGCCGGCCCCUGUGCUGCGCGACGCGGCUGACGCGGCGGCGACAAUGGGCUCGGCCCCGCUGGCACGGCGCUUGCUGGGCCUGCUGGCUGCGGCAGAGGGGACCAGCUUGGCGGCAGCAGCACUGAGCUUGAGCGACGCGGCACUGAUGGCGCACCUGCUCUCGCAACUGGACGCGGGCGCCAGGUCAGCGGCGGCGCUGGGGGCGGCUGCAGACUUGGCAGAGGCGAUUAUUGAGGCGGGCCGGCAGCUGCCACCCGGCACGUGGGCGCAAGUCCUUGCGCUUUGCGGUGGCGCCUCCGCAGCCGGCGCACGUCUGGCGCUUCUGGCUCAUGAUCAGCUGCUUGCAGAGGCGGCCGCCGCGCUGGAGGCAGCAGAGCGCUGCGGUGGCAGCAACGAGAGCAGUGCGCCGGCGGGCCAGCCGCUCGCUGAAGCCCUGCUGGCCGCGCUGGCGUCGCCGCUGCUGUGUGGAACGGAUGAUGUUGCCAAGCGCAGCAACGCAGGGGCCAUUGAGGCAGCAGCAGAGGCGGGGCCGCGGGACCAGCAGCGCCUCGCGGCGGGCUGGGCGGCUGCGGCGCAGCGAGCCGCCGAUUUGAAGGUGCGGCUUGCGUCCGCCUGCGCUGAGGCCGCUGAAGCGUCGCCAGGUCACUGCCUGCAGUUCCCCCCUGGCUGCGGGCGGCAGGACGAGGCUGCGGCGCGGCGGCUGGCAGUGCUGCUGUGCGCGUCGGCGCGGCUGUCGGGGGCGGCAGUUCAAAUGUACCAGGAGUUUCGGCAGGCGGGCGGGCAGCCUGAGCUGGAGGGAGGCCUGCUGGAGGCGGCGCUGGCGGCGGCACAUGAUGCGGGGGCUGAGGUGGCAACAGGGUCGGCAGCUCCUGCAGCCAUCCUGCGCACGGCCCAGUCCCUCUGCCCCCACGGCACCACCUGGGUGCCAGGCGCCCCGAUCGCAUGGCGUGCAUUGUUUGCCACACUCACCAGCAGCGCCGCAAAUGGCGUCAACGACGGCGAGCGUCAGGCGGCCGCGGCGGCAGUGGGGGCGGUGGAGGCACUGCUGCUUGACAGCGACGCCCUGUGGUCAGCGGGGGGCCAGGUGGCCGCCCUGCCUUCAGAGGCGGUCGCAGAGGGCCUGCGCGCGCUCGUGCCAUGGGCGCCCAGCGCGCCAGUGGGCGCGGGGGCCGCUGCACGGCGGCUACUGACCACAUGCGAGCUGAGGGCCGGGCAGCAGCAGCAGCCUCAGGCGCCCUCACCUGCCCAGCGCGGCGGCUCGCCAGGCGGCAGCGGCAAGCGCAGGGGCGCCGCUGCUGGGUCGCACUCGUCCCGUGCGGCAGGCAUUGCCGCCCUGCGGCCUGCCCUGCCCAGCGCUGCUGCCGGUAUCUACUCGGCAGCUGCCGCCGUGCUGGCCGCGACUGGUGAAACAGCAGGAGCUGUCAAGCUGCUCGCACCGCUCAUCUCUGGUGCCAAGCAGGAGGCGUUCGCAGCUAAAUUUGGCGGGAGUAGCGGCUCUUCAAUCUCCCAGCAGCAGCAGCAGCAGCAGCAGCAGCAGCAGCAGCAGCAGCAGCAGCAGCAGCAGCAGCAGCAGCAGCAGCAGCAGGUGGCCGCUGAGCUGCUAUGCCUACUGCCUCCAGGCCGCCGCUCUGCGGCCGCGGCGCCGGUCCUGCGGCUGCUGGCUGCGGGGGGCGUGGGGGCGGUGACGUCACCUGCCCUGGUGGAGGCGCUGACUGCGGAGGACCUGGAUGCUGCAGCAGAGGCUGACCUGGCAGAGGCGUUCGGGGACGCCUUCGUGGAGGAUCUGAUGGUGGCAGCGUUUGAGGGCCUGCCCGUGCUGGGCGGUGGCGGUGGGGGGGCUUUGGAGGAGGACGGAGCGGCGGGCGGCCUGGCGCUGCGGGCUGGCCCUUGGGCGGCAGGCGGCGAGGAGAGCAGCAGCCGCGAUGCGGCUUUGCAGCAUUUGCUACGCGCCGUUGGGUAA